AUGAGAUAACUGCAAUAAUAAUCAACCCCAAGGAAAAGCUUGUCAAAUAUUAGCAGCAGAUUAAGAGAGGAAACAAUCUCCUCAUCUAUUAAAAAAUUCACAAAAUCAGUUAAAUUUACAAAUGAAGAAAAAGCAAUAAUGGUUACUGUGACUAAAAAACCAUCUGGCUCAUCACCUAGAUUUGGAAGCAAUUAAUAAAAUACGCAAUUUCAGUCAUCCUUUUCUGGGGCUGCAACUAGGAAUAAUCUUGCCAAGGAGAAUUAACAAAAUUCCAAUUUUCUUAUGCCUAUUCCAAAGUAGCUAUAAGAUUUAAGAAGGAAUGUACUUAAUGAUACUUCUUUCAAUGUGAUAAACUAAGAACCUCAAAGUUAAAUUGAGUUAUUCAAAAGCUCUAAUUUUAGUUUGAUUGAGUUAAUGAAGAAAUCCUAACCAACUUAACCCAAGACCAUUAAUCCAGCUAGCAAUAAUCUUUUUAAUCAAAUGCUUGCAGAUUACAAACUCAAUAAUUCCUCUUAAAUUUCAACUCCAAGAUUAACUCCUCUAAAGAUGCUUGAAAGAAAUAGGUCUAAUGUGGUAAGUAAAGAUGACAUUAAUAAAUUAGAAGAUAAGAUUAAGGACCUUGAGGACUAAAUUUUUAAUGCGAAGAAAAAAGGGGAGGAAACCAAAAAGCUUGACAUCCUCGAGUAGAAUUUAAAGAAAACUGACCUUAGUUUUAUUGAGGAAAGUUCAAGAGUCAAUAAAAGGCAUCAAAGCAAAUAUGAAAAUGAGAUCAUUAAUUACGCUUCAUCAGAAGAAGAUUUAUUAGAUGAGGAUAGAUUGUUGUUAAUCUAGCAGACUCCUCAUGUACUGCAUAAUUUUUCAGAGCAAAUUGAGGAGGAUGAACAAGAGGAAGAUCCGACUAAUCAGGAAAAAGAAAUGAGUAUUAGUUAUAGUCGAGGUAGGAGAUCCCUAGAUAAUCAGGCAAGCACUAGAAUGAGUUUAUCCAGAUAUGAUCGAAGAAAUGAGAGCAUUUAAAGUGAUGUUGAACAGAUUACUUUGAUAAAAAAAGUAAAGGAUAAUUAGCUAGAUAACGAGGAGUUUGACUGCUCAUAAUUUGACCUACAGUAAUCCUUUAAUUAGGUAUUCGGUAUCAUAAAGCAAUUUAAAAUAGAUCCUGUUCAUAAAUAAUAACUUAGAGCCUUAUAAAUCCAUAUUUAAGAGUAGAUUAACUUCUACUCUGAGGAAAAUAAUCAAAAUAAAAGAAGGUUUAAAAAGUCUUGUAGAAAACCAGAAAGAAAUUUAGUGCUAACUGAAAAUAAUAUGCUAGCAAAAUUAGGAUUAAAUGAAAACACUAGUGCCAGAAGCAGUAUUAAUCCUUUUGAUCAUUAAAGUGUUAAAAAUCAAAGUUUAUCUAGGACUAGGACCAAGUCAGAUAGAGAUAUAAUGAUUCAAAUGGUGACUCGUUCAUAGAAGAAGAGAAAGAGAAGAAAUACUGCUGUCUAAGAGUAAUGUAUUGCCGAAGAAAAUCCAAAUAAAAGAAGAAAGAUUUGA